AUGUUUGUUUUUUUCGCAUAUCGCGCAAUCGUCACAUUUCCCGUCACAAUCGGCCUCGCUCUGCUGUCGCUGCGUCACUCUUUGCAACGUCGCCAUCACGCUCGCAACAAAACGCCCUCCCAUCGCCCUCCUCUCUCCCGUCGCCCUUCCUCUCUCCCAUCGCCUUUCCGCUCUCACGUCGCCUUCCUCUCUCCCGUCGCCCUUCCUCUCUCUCGUCGCCUUCCUCUCGCCUGUCGCCUUUCCUCUCUCCCGUCGCCUUUCCUCUCUCUCGUCGCCUUUCCUCUCCCCCGUCGCCUUCCUCUCUCCCGUCGCCUUUCCUCUCUCCCGUCGCCUUCCUCCCUCCCGUCGCCUUUCCUCUCUCCCGUCGCCUUCCUCUCUCUUAUCACCUUUCCUCUCUCCCGUCGCCUUCCUCUCUCCCGUCGCCUUUCCUCUCUCCCGUCGCCUUCCUCUCUGUUAUCGCCUUUCCUCUCUCCCGUCGCCUUCCUCUCUCCCGUCGCCUUCCCCCUCUCUCGUCGCCUUUCCUCUCUCGUCGCCUUCCUCUCUCGUUGCCCUUCUUCUCUCCCAUUGCCCUUCCUCACUCCCCUCGCCCUUCUUCUUCCGCCUCCCGCCGCCCUCGCGUCCCAUCGCAAUCGACUUCCCAACGCACUCCCGUCACCCUCUGUGUCGGCGCCCCAUUGCUCGUACUGUCGCUCGUCCUUGUUCCCGUUCCCUCGCUCUCUCCCCUCCCUUUCCGUCGCCCUAGCUCUCUCCCCUCCCUUUCCGUCGCCCUCACGUUCUCCCCUCCCUUUCCGUUGCCCUCGCUUUCUCCCCUCCUUUCCGUCGCCCUCGCUCUCUCCCCUCCCUUUCCGUUGCCCUCGCUCCACCUCAUCUCACCAACCCCAAUGCCCCUCCCAUCUCCCUAUCCCUCCGCGGAUUUUGCUCACGCAUCUCUCCUUUCGCGUCCUCGUUUCUGUUGCACUAUCUUUCUCUUCUCUCGUCCCCUGA